UGAGGUCCAGGAAAGGAGAGAAUUCCUGUCCUAGAGAGAAGGGGAGAGUCUGACAGAGUCUCAUUCCUUCAUUCCUCAUCUGGGUGCUUUGAGAAGAGGGAAACUCUCCCGCCACGUUCAGAGCGGCACUCUGGGCCAGGAGUGCGGGGCGGGGACUGGAACUGGUGCGCGGCAGCGACUCUAGUUUCCUGCCCUGCUAGUGGCCGUCCUGGUGGAGGUGGGGGUCUGGAGGGAGGCGGAUUAAGCCCUUAAUUACGGCGUGAUCCGAAUGGCACCUGCUUUCCGCCCGCCCAGUUCCCAAGGGACUAUGGCACUGGGGGGUGGAGAGAAGAACCAUCGAAGGAGGACAGCACGCGGAAGCGAGGCAGGUACCCAGGCAAGCCGGCUGGACAGAGGCACCGGCACCGUGGCUGCGGCAGAGCGCAGAGGCUGUGGAGGGGCUUCUCAGCCCACGGGUCCCAGACCCAGGGGCUGGGCUCCGAGCCCCCCACCCCGGUCCCAGCCGGGUCGCGCCAUGCUGCGCUACCUGCUCAAAACACUACUGCAGAUGAACUUGUUCGCUGACUCACUGGCGGGGGACAUCUCCAACUCCAGCGAGCUGCUCUUCAGCUUCAACUCCUCGCUGGCAGCGCUCAAUCCUAGCCUGCUGCCUCCUGGAGACCCCUCUCUCAAUGGGUCAAGAAUUGAGCCAGAGGACGCCAUGCCGCGCAUUGUGGAGCAGCCACCGGAUCUGCUGGUUUCCCGAGGCGAGCCGGCCACGCUGCCCUGUCGCGCUGAAGGCCGUCCCCGCCCUAACAUCGAGUGGUACAAGAAUGGAGCGCGAGUGGCCACUGCGCGGGAGGAUCCCCGUGCACACCGCCUGCUGCUGCCCAGCGGCGCCCUCUUCUUCCCGCGCAUCGUGCACGGGCGCCGCUCCAGGCCGGAUGAGGGCGUCUACACGUGUGUGGCGCGCAACUACCUAGGAGCAGCAGCUAGCAGAAACGCCUCUCUGGAAGUGGCCGUCCUUCGCGAUGAUUUCCGCCAGUCACCUGGAAACCUGGUGGUGGCGAUGGGGGAGCCAGCAGUAAUGGAGUGUGUGCCCCCUAAAGGCCACCCAGAGCCUUUGGUGACCUGGAAGAAGGGCAGUGCAAAGCUUAAACAAGAGGAAGGAAGGAUCACGAUACGUGGAGGGAAGCUGAUGAUGUCACAUACACUCAAGAGUGAUGCCGGGAUGUAUAUGUGUGUGGCCUCCAACAUGGCAGGAGAACGAGAGAGUGGGGCAGCUGAACUUGUGGUACUGGAGCGUCCCUCAUUUCUACGUAGACCAGUAAACCAGGUUGUCCUUGCUGAUGCCCCCGUGAAUUUCCUAUGUGAGGUGCAGGGGGAUCCCCAGCCUCAUCUACACUGGCGCAAGGAGGACGGGGAACUGCCCACUGGCAGGUAUGAGAUUCGGAGUGACCACAGUCUUUGGAUCGGGCACGUGAGUUCUGAAGAUGAGGGGACUUACACCUGCGUGGCAGAGAACAGCGUGGGUCGCGUGGAGGCAUCUGGAUCCCUCAGUGUUCAUGUUCCACCCCAGUUUGUGAUUCGGCCCCAGGACCAGACAGUAGCUCCUGGAGAAAACGUGUCUUUCCAGUGUGAGACCAAAGGAAACCCUCCACCUGCCAUCUUCUGGCAGAAGGAGGGGAGUCAAGUUCUGCUUUUCCCAAGUCAGUCACUUCAGCCCACGGGGCACCUUUCAGUUUCUCCAAGAGGCCAACUCAACAUCACCAAAGUACAGAGUGGGGAUGCUGGCUACUAUGUAUGCCAGGCUGUCAGUGUGGCAGGCAGCAUCCUGACCAAAGCCCUGUUGGAGAUAAAAGGAGCCUCCUUGGAUGGGCUGCCUCCCAUCAUCCUCCAGGGACCAGUCAAUCAGACACUGGCACUUGGCUCUUCUGUGUGGCUGCCAUGCAGAGUGACUGGGAACCCUCAGCCCAGUGUCCAAUGGAAGAAGGAUGAGAAGUGGCUGCUGGGGGAUGACCUCCAGUUCAACCUUAUGGACAAUGGCACUCUGUACAUCACCAGUGUGAAGGAGAUGGACAUGGGUUUCUACAGCUGUGUGGCCAAGAGUUCCAUAGGGGAGGCCACAUGGAGUGGCUGGCUUAGGAAGCGGGAAGAUUGGGGACCAUCACCAGGUCCCUCCUCAGAACCCAGUACCCCUCCAGGACCUCCCUCUCAGCCAGUAGUCACUGAAAUAACCAAGAACAGCAUCACCUUGACCUGGAAGCCCAAUCCACAGGCUAGGGCCACAGCCACCUCUUAUAUAAUAGAAGCUUUCAGCCAAGCAGCAGGCAACACAUGGCGGACAGUGGCUGAUGGUGUACAGCUGGAAACACACACUGUCAGUGGUCUGCAGCCCAAUACCAUCUACCUGUUCCUUGUGCGAGCUGUUGGAGCCUGGGGACUCAGUGAACCCAGCCCUGUCUCUGAGCCUGUCCGCACUCAGGAUGGCAGCCUAUCUAGGCCAGCGGAGGACCCAUGGAGAGGCCAGCAGGGACUGGCUGAAGUGGUUGUGCGAAUGCAGGAGCCCAUAGUCCUUGGACCCCGAACCCUGCAGGUGUCCUGGACAGUGCAUGGCCCAGUCCAACUGGUGCAGGGCUUCCGUGUGUCUUGGAGGAUAGCAGGCCUUGACCAGGGAAGCUGGACAGUGCUGGACCUGCAGACUCCACACAAACAAAGUACUGUGCUAAGAGGACUCCCCCCAGGGACCCAAAUCCAGAUCAAAGUGCAAGCCCAAGGCCAGGAGGGGCUGGGGACUGAAAGCCCUUUUGUGACCAGGAGCAUUCCUGAGGAGGCCCCCAGUGGCCCCCCUCAGGGAGUGGCUGUGGCCUUGGGGGGCGAUGGCAACAGCAGUAUCACUGUAUCCUGGGAGCCUCCACUUCCUUCCCUGCAAAAUGGGGUCAUCACUGAAUACCAGAUCUGGUGCCUGGGCAACGAAAGCCGCUUCCACCUCAACCGAUCUGCAGCAGGCUGGGCACGCUCGGCGACAUUCCCGGGACUGCUGCCGGGCCUGCUCUAUCGAACUCAGGUGGCCGCAGCCACCAGCGCUGGCGUGGGCGUAGCCAGUGCUCCGGUUCCGGUGCAGCUGCCGUCCCGGCCUGCAGCAGAGUCGGGGCCGGAGGUGCGUGCGGGGCUGGCGGAGCGGCUAGCUAGGGUGCUGCGGAAGCCGGCUUUCCUGGCAGGCAGCGGCGCGGCCUGCGGGGCUCUGCUGCUCGGGCUCUGCGCCGCCCUCUAUCGGCGCCGGAAGCAACGCAAAGAACUCAGUCACUACACUGGUUCCUUUUCGGAAGCCUCCUUUGCCUAUACACCCGCAGUGUCCUUUCCACACUCAGAGGGCCUCUCUGGAGCCAGUCCCAGGCCACCCAUGGGCCUUGGUCCUUCUGCCUACCCAUGGCUGGCAGAUUCCUGGCCCCACCCAUCUCGAAGCCCCUCAGCCCAGGAACCCCGGGGAAGCUGCUGCCCCAACAAUCCUGACCCAGAUGAUAGAUACUACAAUGAAGCAGGAAUCUCCCUGUACCUGGCUCAGACUUCCCGAGGUGCUAAUGCCCCUGGUGAGGGUCCUGUCUACAGUACCAUUGACCCUGUAGGGGAAGAGCUACAGACCUUCCAUGGAGGGUUCCCUCAACAUUCUUCUGGGGACCCAGGCACCUGGAGCCAGUAUGCUCCUCCAGAAUGGAGCCAGGGGGACAGUGGAGCCAGAGGAGGCAAAGUGAAGCUUCUGGGAAAACCGGUGCAGAUGCCGUCUCUGAGCUGGUCAGAAGCCCUGCCACCACCUCCUCCUUCAUGUGAGCUGAGCUGCCCAGAGGGGCCUGAGGAGCUGGAGGGCAGUUCAGAGCCAGAAGAGUGGUGCCCACCAAUGCCUGAAAGAAGCCAUUUGAUCGAGUCAAGCACCAGUGGAGCUCGUCUGGUGGCUCCAUCCCGAGGGGAAACUCCCUCUCCCACACCCUCCUACGGACAGCAGUCCACAGCCACUCUUACCCCCUCGCCUCCUGACCCUCCCCAGCCCCCUACUGACAUCCCCCAUCUCCAUCAGAUGCCCAGGAGGGUGCCUUUUGGGCCAAGUUCCCCUCUCAGUGUAUCCCAGCCUACUUUGAGUAGCCAGGAAGGGAGGUCUGUUGGCCUGAGUGCUGCCCCCACAGCCUCCUAUCACCCCAGCCCUGUCCUUAGUACAGCCAGCAGUGCCCCAGGGAGGACCCGACAGGUGCCUGGGGAGAUGACCCCCCAACUCCAUGGACCCCGUGCCCGAAUCCGGAAGAAACCCAAGGCUCUUCCCUACAGGAGGGAGCACAGUCCUGAGGACUUGCCCCCGCCACCCUUGCCACCACCAGAAGAAGAGGCAAGCCGGCCUUUGGGAGUGAGAACAGCAGGCAGCAUGUCCUCUCUGGAGCGAGAGCAAAGUGGGGAGAGGAGAGUGCUGCAGGCAGUGCCUCUAGGGGCCCAACGUGGGCACCACCCAGAUGCUGCACUUCUCUGCUGCACUGCAGAAGAGGCCUGGCUCCCAUACAGCAGACCAAGCUUCCUGACCCACGGCCAGGACACUAGUACCUGUUCCACUGCUGGCAGUAACUCUUCCAGAGGUUCUAGCAGCUCUCGGGGAUCUCGGGGCCCUGGGCGGAGCCGGAGCCGGAGUCAGAGCCAGAGGCCAGGACAGAAACGUCGAGAGGAACCAAGAUAACCCUUGAUGAAGCAAUGAGCAUAUCAAGGGUUCCACAGGGAAAGGGUGGGAAACAUCUCCCCUGGUUAAUGGAUGCGAGCCAAGAGGAGCAAGGACAGGACUGUCUUCCUUCCUAGCAAUGAUGCUUGUGACUCACUGAAGCCCAUUGCCCUCAGCGGCUUCAGCUGGUUUGAAAACCAGAGAGCAAGUUCUUCCCUUCUCAUCUCUUUCUGACUAAGACAUGUUUGUAAAAAAGGCAAUAAAAAGCCUGAUCUGAG